AUGGCUGCAGGCAACAUUACCUUCGAGGACUACUUGGGCCUCUGCGAGGCUGUUGUUGAGUGGGCGGACAGUUACGAUACCAAGGACUGGGACAGGCUGCGCAAGUGCAUCGCGCCAACCCUGAGGAUUGACUACCGCUCGUUUCUCGACAAGCUCUGGGAAGCUAUGCCGGCUGACGAGUUCGUUGCCAUGAUCUCGUCACCGGCGGUGCUGGGCGACCCGCUGCUCAAGACGCAGCACUUCAUCGGCGGUUCCAAGUGGCAGAAGAUCUCUGACGACGAGGUGAUUGGAGUGCACCAGCUGCGCGUGCCCCACCAGAGGUACACCGACGAGACCCGUACCACCGUCGCAGUCAAGGGACACGCCCACAGCACCAACACUCACUGGUACAAGAAGGUCAACGGCGUGUGGAAGUUUGCUGGGCUCAACCCCGACAUCCGAUGGGGCGAGUACGACUUCGACAAGGUGUUUGCCGGCGGGCGCGAGGAGUUUGGCGAGGCGGAGACCAAGGCGGCCGAGGGCAUCCCGCCCGAGAAGACGAAGGUGGCUGCGGCGUCGUGA